UACUUCCUCCUUCUAGUCAGUUAGGGCCCUCUGGGGCUCCGGAUAUCUGUGGUGACUUGUCCACUCUAGUGCAACAUCAUGUGGCAGCUGCUACUGCCGACGGCUCUGCUGCUUCUAGUUUCAGCUGACAUGCAAAUUGCAGAUCUCCCAAAGGCUGUGGUGUCUCUAGAGCCUCUAUGGGACAGGGUGCUCGAGAAGGACAAUGUGACUCUGAAAUGCCAGGGGGACUACCCUCCUGAGGACAAUUCCACACAGUGGUUUCACAAUGAGAACCCCAUCUCAAGCCAGGCUUCAAGCUACUUCAUCACAGAUGCCAGCUUGAAGGACGGUGGAGAGUACAGGUGCCAGACAGGCCUCUCCAAACUCAGUGACCCGGUGCAGCUGCAAGUCCACCUUGGAGCCAUUUCACUCAUCUCCUCCAUCCAUCCACCACUCUUUUCAGCUUGGCACCAAGUCACUUUCUGCCUGCUGAUGAUACUCCUGUUUGUAGUGGACACAGGACUGUAUUUCUCUGUGCAAAGAAACCUUCGAAACUCAAUGAGGAACUGGGAGAACCACAACUAUAAAUGGAGCCAGAACCCCCAGGACAAAUGA